AUGUAAUAAGAAAAUUAGCAACUUUAGCAAACUACCUAACAAACUUUAGAAAAAUAGAAGCUAGUGAUUGCAGCUAGAAUUAGAAUACAUAACACGAUUAAUUAUAAAAUAGAUGAUAACCCUGAUGCAGGAAAAUCCUAGCAAAAUUUAAAAUAAUAAAAAGAGAAUGUAUCUUAAACGGGUACAUUCAAAUCAAAAUCAAACAUACCUAGUUCUUCACAAAUAUCAUCUACUUCUAGCAUUACCAUGAAAACUACAAAAACUGGAUUAUCAAAGAUGAAAGUAGGUGCGUCUUAAUAGCAAAAGAAAAAGAAAGAUGAAUCUAAGGUCAAUAUUUAUGCAUGUAAAAUGACAGAAAAGAACCCAAUAACAAAUAUAGUUAGCUUAAACUAAACACCACUAAGCUAUAGUUUGCUUUCUAAAUACUUAAAAAAUGAUAAUAACAUUCUUACUUAAAAAUAAACACUACUUCCUAAAUCCAGAUAGUAUUAAUUCGAUGUUGCUUUCUCUUAGGAAACCUCAUAAGAUGAUCUUUACUCUUUCCUAUUAAAAAAGAAAAUCAAAUAAACAUUAAAUGGAUUCUAAACAUCAGUGUUUGUUGUUGGCCCAGAAUUUUCAGGUAGAAAAUAUACUGUAAGAGGAGAUGAGAAUAUUAUGAAUAAGAAUUCUUAAUUUGAAAGAGGGUUAAUGGUGAGGGCUUGCGAGGAUAUUUUAUCAUUAAUUGACAUAUCAAAAGAUUCAAUUAGAUCAAGAAAAGCUAUAGUUGGAGGAGUGUAUUAUAACCUUGGCGUUUAAAUUUAUUGUGUAAAAGAUGAUGCUGAAGUAGACUUGCUAGUGAAUGCACCUGAAUAACUUUUGAAUAAAAAUAGUAGUUAAGAUAUUGAAAUGGGCUGCUUUGAUAUUACUUCGACAAAUGAAUUGCUAGUUUAUUACAGAUAAGCACAAAAUAGAUUAAAUAUGAUUAAUGAUGCCUUAAAAGGAUAAGAUUUCAAAAAAAGUGCUACCAUAUUUGUUAGACUGCUUGUUCUCAAGAAUAAGCAAAUCUACAGCAGCGUUAAUUUCGCUAUAUUUUUCAACUAUAAUUUACUUACUCAGUCAAAGUUUUACCCUGUUAGAGAUUAUUUGAGAGAAAUAGAAAAAAUGAACAAACGAUAAUUAAAAACUUACUAAUUCUAAAAUAAGCUAUUGCAUCACAUAAAUUUAUGUUUUUCUUCUGGCCCUGAAUAUAGUGCUGUAUUGUUGGGUUAGUUUGAUUCAGCUCCAUAAUAGAUAGAGCAUUCUUAGCUCUUGUUAUAAGUUUUAUCAAAUUUAAGGACUUCUAAACAACAAAGAUCAAAAGAAUCUACUUCAUAGAUCGGAAAUAGGCCUAUUUUGGACCCAAGUAAUUAAAAUGAUGACUACUAAGAACAACAAGUAGAAGACAAAGAAGUUUAAGAUUUUAUUCUCAGCUCAAAUAGAAAGAGUGAAUUAAAUGAAACAGCUGGAUUUAAUAUGGCUACUCAAGAAGAUUAAGUUGAAUAGGAAGGAGCUGUUUAAUAAUUUAGGUUCGACGAAAACGAAGGAGGUAAAGAUAGAAAUAUUGGUGGAGAAGAAGAUCAACAAAACUAAAAACCUGAUGAAUAAUAAAAUUAAAGAGCUAAAAGUAGCUAAUAGAACUUCAACAAAGAUAAUUAAGACUAUGAACAAGAAGAAGAAUAUGAUAAUACGAGAAAAAUAGAUAACAAAAAGUUCAAUACGUUUGGUAAUGAUACUACUUAUAAAAGUAAAAACUAUGAAUUAAAUCAGUUUGAUUAAGGUGAUGAAUAAGAUUUUUAUGAAAUGAGUGGCAGUAAACAAGGCUACUUCAACUAAAGUUAGAGAAUUCCUCAAGAUGUUGAAGGAGUUAUCUAGGACAUAUUCUCAUAUUCUGAUGCAACAAGAGGAAUGGAUGAUAAUUAAAAACUCUAAUGGGUUUUAAAUUAAUAGAGAAAUUUGGAGUAUUUUUAAGAUGGAGUCAAUUUGCUUAAACCACCUGUAAAAGGUUCACCUUAAGAUUUAUAGAUUAGAAAAAUAAAUGAAGCUAGAGCUUUCUUAUAAGACUUGAGAGGUGAGUUAGAUAUAAAAGAAUACGUCAAGAGGAACAUUGAGGAUAGCCAUUGUGAUGAAGAAAAUGAAGAAAUACACUCUUCUUCUUCUGGUAUAGACACAAGAGCAUAUUUGAAAAGGGAGAGAAAUCAUGAAAGAAACGAUAGUUAGAUAGAGCGCAAUUUACACGAUAUGAAACGAAAGAUUAUGGACUAGAUUGAUAAGACAAUUUAAGAUAGUCCAAUUAAAGGAAGAACAAACUCUUCUUAGAUUUAAGAUUAUUCAAACAACGCAGCUCUGACCACACAUUAAAAUGAAAAUACUUAAGAAAGAAUUAAUUCACAAUCAAAUAUAUAAAAUACACAAUUGACAAGCGUCAACAAAAGAUACAAUACAUCUGGUAGUGAUUAAGAAGAAGGUGUAGUUAAAAACUUAAAAAAGCUAAGAAAUUAAAUUUUAGAAAAGGAAAAACUUUAAGAUGAAAGCAACUAUAAGUUAAAGAAUAAAAGCUAUGUACUAAAUGACGAAUUAGACAUUAUGAGAUAAAAGUUAUUGACAAUGCAAGAUGCUGUUAAAAGUAGAGACAGAAUAAUUGCUGAUUACGAAUUAUAGCUUGGUGAUAUGCGCAGUUCUUAGUAUUCUUUACAUGCCCGUAGACAGUCAAGAGAAACCCUUCUUGAAAAAGCUCAAGAAGAUAUGCAUAAUAAUAUACUUCAUCUUAAAAAUAAACUCUCUUUAAGGAAGGCCUAAAUAGUUGAACUCAAAGACGAAAUCAAGAGAAUGGAAAUAGAAUUUUAAGAAGAAAGAAGAAGAGUUUUAGAAGAAAGAAACAAUUAUGAAAGAAGUUUCGAAGAGUACAGAGAAAAAUUUGAAUAAGAGAAACUUAAGACUAUAGAAACCGAGCGUCUUUUGGAUAAGGCUCGUAUAGAAAUUUAAAAUCGUGAUGCUAUGACAGAGAGACUUCAAAAUAAUACAAACUAUUAAGAUAAAAAUUUAACCGAGUUAUAAUACCGUUUGAAUUAAGAAUAAGAUUUAACUAAGGAGCUUAGAAUUUAAAAUCAAUUGCAAGAAAAGAAAAUCAUUGAAUAUGAAAAGUAAUUGAGUCAUUUUGAAGAGAAACUCUUAAAACAGAAAAGAAAAUUUGAAGAUGAAAGAGCAUCUCUAGUUUCUGAAAAAAGAAAAGAAUAAGAAAAAAGAAAAGAGAAGUCACUUUACUUGAAGUAAGAAUUAAAGAACUUAGACAAGAAGGUUUAAGAGCUAACAACUGAAGGAUUAGAUAUUCGUACUGAAAACGAUAGACUUUAAAGACAAGUUCAGUCACUCCAAGAUGAACUUGACUUAAAGAACAGGGAAAUAGUCUCAUAGAAAGACAAUAUUUAAACACUCAGAGAAGAUCUUGAUUCUGUCAAGCAUUCCUAUAGAGAUAGCGAUUUGUUGAUUAAAAGAGAAUAAUAAGAAUAUAAGAAGCUUGAAAAAGAAAUUAAAAAAUUGAACGAGUAACUUAUAGACAGAGAAGAGAGGAUAAGUGAUUGGUAGUAUCAAUUAGAAAAAGAAAGAGAAUAAUACAAACUUUUAGAACAAGAAUAUCAUCAUUAAUAGGAAACAAACAGAUAAUAACAAGAUUUGAUAUCAAAGAUAGAAAGACAAAAUGAAUUUUUAUCAAAUAUGCAAAACAGAGAUAUUGACAAGUUAGAAGAAAGAGUAGAUACUGUAAAUCAUGAAAUCAAUAUCCUAAGAAAGGAAAAUGACAGUUUAAGAUAAGAAAACUAAUAGCUUAGAAGUGAAAUGGUAUUAACUGAUCGUGAUAGCAACUUGAAUAAAGAAAAGCUUUAUAAGUAUAAGAAGCAAGUUAAAAUUUUAAAGUAGUCAUUAGUUGAAGCUGAUGAUAAACUUAGAGAAUUGAUUUAUUAGAAACAUAAUGAAAUCCGUUAAAUUUAAUCACCUUUGUAAGAUGAAGAAUAUUACUGA